AUGGACGAGAAUAGUGUUGUCUUGCAGGCUAAUAUCCUUCUCAAUGAGCUUCUUUCCGCUUACGACGAAAAGUAUCACUCCUCGACAGUGGUCAAUAGUAUCUAUGAUACAGCGUGGAUCUCGAUGGUUCUGAGAAAAACCGAAAUGCCCACAGCUCCUGAAUGGGCCUUUCCCGUUUGUUUUGACUUUCUCUGCCUGGAGCAGGCAGAAGAUGGAGGAUGGGGAAACCCUUUCUCACUGGUGGAACGUAUCACCUGUACCUUUGUCUGUCUUUUAGCCAUCAAGAAACAUCUCCGUAUAUCGGACAAUCUUUCAGUGAAGGAUCAGGUGGACCUGCAGCACCGGGCAAAUCGGGCUAUUGAAUUUGUUCACUCGAAUCUCGCAAGUUGGGAGCUUAAUGCAUUGGACACAGGGCUUCCAAUAGGAUUGGAACUUUGGUUGCCUGUUGUUAUUGAACAGUUGGAAAAAGAAGGAGUGUCAUUUGCAAUUCCUGGCAAGGAUCGAAUUCUCAAGUUACGCCUGGAGAAGCUUUCUCGGUUUCCUCUAGAGGUCCUCUAUAGGCCCAGUAGCCUGAUUCAGCCUUCACCCUUGUUUACACUCGAAGGAUUUAUCGGGGUUGUCGAUUUCAGCAAACUGAGGCAUCAGACAGUCUAUGGAUCUAUGUUUUCCUCCCCUUCAUCCACGGCUGUUUAUUUAAUGGAAUCGCCUGAAUGGGACCCUGCAGCGGAGGAUUAUCUGCACCAUGUGGUGGAACAGAGUAUUGUCAAGCAUAACCGUUGUGUGCCUCAAUUAUUCCCAACAUCAGUUUUCGACAUUGACUGGGUCCUCAACAUCUUCGUUGAUAGUGGGUUAAGUCUAAACAAUCUCGAUACCCAUUCUGUCAAGACCUUAGGAAACAUGAUCCUGCAGUGCCUGGAAAAGCAAGAUGACAUCCUUGGGGCUGAUGAAAUCAUUUGUCCCGAGCCUGACUCUACGGCAAUGGCCUUAAGAACAGUCUACCACUCUCUUGGAGCUCAUCGCUCGAUUCAGCAUAUGAUUGAUGCGUUUGAGGGUGGGGAUAAUUAUUUUACCUUCAGUGGCGAACGUGACCCUAGUGUCAGUAGCAACGCCCACGUGCUGCAAGCCUUGGUACUAAACCCAGCGGCGCGGGAGCAUACUGCCUCUAUCGAGAAGUGUGCUAGAUAUCUCUGUGAAACGUGGGGUAACUCCCACGGGCUUAUUCCGGAUAAAUGGGCAGGUCAACCUUCACUAUCUACGAUGGAUGCAGAAAUUUCUAACAUGUUUUUUUUUUUCCAGAAUCAUUCCGAGUAUUACGCGACUUUUGCCACCACUCAGGCCUUGGUGGACUAUCUGGUAGCAUUAAGCGAGGAACGAGUGGAGUCUUUAUCGGAAACUCUUCUCGGGGCCCUUAUCCCUCUCACUCUUUUCCAAGCGGUGGUACGAAUCCUUCUCCGCCAGAACCCAGACGGAUCUUGGGGGUCAAUCAGUCUCCGUGAGGAUACCUCUCAUGCAGUUAUCACUUUAAAAUCUGCAUGGUCUCUUCCCUUCAUAUCUGCCACUCUCAGUCAAGAGAUCGGCCAGGCCAUCCAGAAAGGUCAAGCUUUCAUCUCUGCGAACUUAGAUGCGCCUUUCAACGACUAUACUUGGAAUGGGAAAUGCGCCUAUGGACUGCUAGCUGUGUCUCGUGCUAUUGCUUUGAGUGCAUUAUUGGAAACACGGCCCGCAAGGAGAUAUUCCCCAAAGGUUGAAUCAUUAUAUCAGCUUGACAUGAAACUGAUUGUGAAACGAGCUGAGCAUCUUAGGAAAAUGAGAUGUUUUGCAGACUUGCCCGCCUGGAUUAUUGAAGCAACCUGCCUUGAAGCGGUUUUCCUUUUCCGCGGAAGUCGACAACCUACCUGGCUUGAGAAGAGUGUUCAUCUUGACGAAGGCUUCUUAAUAAUGUUGGCAGCCAUUUGCAUCGGCCUCAACUAUUCCAAGAGAGCCUUUCUGAGCAAUCGCAUCCUGUUUGGUAUGCUUGAGCUUAUGGAAUUCAUAUACACUAUUGAUCCUCUCAUUGAUGAGGAGCUUAGCGAUCGUUCCCCAGAGACUUUACAGUUGAUUGAGAAGUUGGUCCAUCAAGUGCUUGCAGACAUACACCUCCCCGUUGGUUCAGAUAUCCAACCGACGAAAAAGCCCGUCAAUGGCCAUCAGGGCGAGACAAUCACCCUGGAAAUUUGCCACGGUCAAAUAGAGAUAUAUAAAAUUGUUAAAGCAAUCGAAUACGGCACGAAGCAGAUCAUGGAGAAUCCGCAUGUUGAAGCCGCAAGUCACUAUGACCGUAGGAACCUUCUUAUGGAACUACGCUACGCUCUCCUUGCUCAAGUCGAAAAACUCCACGUCGGUGCUUCACUGGCUUCAUGCCAUGAAAGAGGUCUCAACUUCUACCGAUGGACUCAGGGAUCUGGUGCAGAUGAUACGUUCAGCGCCGUUGUUCUUAAAUUGAUGAUUUGUCUUGUCAAAAGCCAUUUGGAUACUGAGAUCUGUCCAAACCCCACCGAGAAGUAUCUACUGGAAGAUUUCAGCCGCCACGCUGCAACAUGGGGCCGGCUGUGGAAUGAUUAUGCAGACGUUGAGCGGGAUCGUGCUAGUUCUAAUCUUAAUGUGCUGGACUUUCCUGAGUUCCAGUCUCCUUGCAUGGAAGAUGGACGCGAUCUUUCACCUGAUCAACUGAAGAGGCAUUACCUUGCCGAUCUUAUUCAACACGAGGAAGAUCUGGCCGAAAAGGCUUUAAAAAAAUUAACCAACGCAAUUCAAUCCCGUGAAAAGCAUGCUCAGACUGAGACGAUAACUGUCUUACAUUGGUACAUGGACAUUAACCGGGCUUUUCAAGAACUGUAUUAUGCCAAGACCAUUUUCACAAGUCAUGUGUAA